AUGGCCGCCGUUCAACUCAAGUUCUCCCUCCGGACCUCGUCCAACGUCAAGACCGUCCACCUCGUCGGCUCCUGGGACAACUACCAGCGCCAAAUUCCCCUCUCCGCAGAGGAGAAGCCCGGCGCCUGGGUCGGCAAGUUCCGCUUCCAGACCUCAAUGCUGCAACUCGGAGGCCGCUACUGGUACUACUACAUCAUGGACGGCUACCACGUCUCGCACGACCCAGCUGUCGAGCACACCGUCGAGCCAACCACCGGCCGCAAGCUCAACAUCCUCGACGUUCCCGGCGGCAAGUCUACCAGCUCCAGCACCCGCAAGCCCCGCGCCAGCGUCGCCACCGGCCGUGCCCUGUCCCCCUCGCGCAUCCACCACCCCAAGCCCUCCAAGCCCUACGCUUCCCGCCAACUCCGCGAGGCUGACUUCGCACCCACCGUCGACGACUUGACCCGCCGCUUUGCCGGCUCUCGUCUGUCCGAUGAGUACUCCUAUUCCAACUCGCCUCCCAGCUCUGCCGGCUCCAGUUUGUCUUCCCGCUCGUCUGGAUCGACUUCGCCAUCGUCGCUCUCGUCUAUGAGUGACCCGCCUGUGCAGUGCCGCUGUGAGCGCUACGGCAUUACCCGCAAGGGUGACCGUGUCAAGCUUGACUGCGGUGGUUCCCGCUGCGGCUAUCUCACCGAGUCUUCCGAUGAUUCUUGCUCCGAGUCUGAGUAUGAAAGUGAUGAGGAGUACUGCCGUGCUCGCAACGCUGCUCGUCGCCAGGGUAUUGUUGUUCGUCGGUAA